AUGAAGUGUCUCCUGCUUGCCCUGGGCCUGACCCUCAUCUGUGGUGUUCACACCAUCAGUGUCUCUCAAACCAUGAAGGAUUUGGAAGUGCAGAAGUUGGCAGGGCCCUGGCACUCCAUGGUGAUGGCAGCCAGCGACCCGACCCUCCUGGAGACAGAAAAUGCCCCUAUGAGAAUACACAUCAAGGAGAUUCAACCCACCCCCAAGGACAACCUGGAGAUGGUCCUGCUCAAGAUGGAGAACGACAGGUGUGUGAAGAGGAAGAUCCUUGCCCAGAAAACUGAGAACCCUGCAGAGUUCAAGAUCAGCUACCUGAGUGAGAACAAGGUCUUCAUGAUGGACACUGACUAUAAAACCUAUCUGUUCAUCUGCAUGGAGAACACCACCACCUCCCAACAGAAUGUGGUGUGCCAGUACCUGGCCAGAACCAUGAAGGCUGAUACCGAGGUCAUGGAGAAAUUCAAAGAGCUCCUCAAGACUCUACCUCAGCACAUCCAGGUGUUCCUCGACCUCACCCAGAGGGAAGAGCGGUGUCGUGUGUAG